AUGAGUAAAAUAGUGUUCAAGCACCCAGCUAGCGAUGAAACGUCCUUAAGCGUCGCUGGAAAUUUUUCACAAUGGAAUAUAAUACCAAUGGUGCACAAUACCACUCAGAAUCAGUGGGAAUAUCAAAUAACUGAUGCAGAUCUGCAAAAUUGUUCGGAAAGUGGGGGUCAAAUUAGAAUAUACUUCAAGUUCAUUGAUGGAAAUAGCGAUUGGUUUACAGAUGAAAACUUUGCUAAGGAAAUUGACGAGCAUGGCAAUGAAAACAAUGUCAUGUACUUAGAUUGCUCAUCUACCGAGAAGAUAACGAAAAAUAAUGUGGAUCUCGAGGACCGUGAGAUACCAAACGAAAGUGAACAAGAAGGCCCACCAAGUCCUGACCCUACCCCACUUCCUGCUGGUAAGGAUAAGAAUGACGAAGAACCACCUGUGGUGAUAAGCAAAUCAGACGUCGAGGGCUACGAGGAGGCCGUUAACCAGGAUCAGCUAAACAAAAAUGCGGAUUCAGACCGACCAAACUCCGCCGACACUAAUAUUAGUAAGGUGGCAAACUCGACAGGUUAUAAGGGGCUUCUUCAGAGCAUCAUAAGUUUUUUCCGGAAUCUCUUCUAUGGAUGGUUUGGUAUGGGAGGGGAAGAUGCAGGAUCAAGAACAGCGCGUGAUUCUUGA